AACCUCUUAGCUCAGAGAGAGCCCUGAGAGCACACAAGAGCAACUGUUAGAGCAGAGAUAGAUAGACAAACACAUAGAACUCCCUUACUGCGAAAUAUCACAAUAAAAGUACAAAGUCAAUUCAAAACAACAUCCAUCCAAGAGGGUCAAAACCUAACUGGAUAAAUCAUUUAAUAAUUCGAUUAAAAAUCGAGAUUGAUCUGUUGAAUAAAUUCGAUGGAUGUUAGGGAAUGAGUAUAAAGGACACUUUUGAUUUUUUCUGAAAAGACAAGUGGAUCUUAACUCAUCUCUGAGAGAAAAAGGAAAACAACAGGACAACUGGAGAACAAGAGUCACGGACGAGACAGAAAACAACAUCUUCUUCGACACCGGCAGAAGUGUGCAGCGCUCCCUGAGCUGGGCAAAGUGAUUACCUCCACCUGCGAGGCAUCGCUCUGCCAGUGUGCUUCCAGCCUCCCUGAACUCAUCACCAGCCCCCAGCGCAGCUCCAGCACCAACAGAGGAUGGCUGCAGCCAAGACCGAGAUGAUCCUCCCAGCCCUGCAGAUCUCAGAGCCUCUGAGCUUCCCUCAUUCCCCCAUGGAUAACUACCCCAAGCUGGAGGAGGUGAUGAUGCUCAGCUCUGCAGGGACCCCUUUCCUCACCGCCUCUGCACCCGAAGGUGCAGGCUUUGGCUCCGGGGAGCCAGGAGACCAGUACGACCACCUUGCUGGAGAUACGUUACCUGAUAUCCCCUUCAACUGUGAGAAGUCAGUGGGAGAGCAGACCUACCCCACCCAGAGGCUGCCACCCAUCUCUUACACAGGACGCUUCACCCUGGAGCCCGCCACCACCUGCAGCAACAGCCUCUGGGCGGAGCCCAUCCUGGGCCUGUUCACUGGUCUGAUGGGCAAUAUUGCCCCCAGCUCUUCCUCUGCUCCCUCACAGACCACCUCGUCCUCCUCUUCAUCCACUUCUUCCUCUGCUACCUCCUCAUCUCAGAGCCUCAGUUCCUCCAUUCACCACAGCGAGCCCAACCCCAUCUACUCAGCCGCCCCAACCUACUCCAGCCCCAACUCUGACAUCUUCCCGGACCAGGGCCAGGUUUUUUCCAGCUCGGGUGGAGCAGUGCAGUACCCUCCUCCGGCAUAUCCCAAUGGGAAGACUUGCAACACUAGCUUCCCUGUGCCCAUGAUUCCUGACUACCUCUUCCCUCAGCAGCAGGGAGAGAUAUGCCUGGUGCCCCCUGACCAAAAGCCCUUCCAGAGUCAGUCAAGUCAGCCGUCCCUCACUCCUCUGUCUACCAUCAAGGCCUUUGCCACCCAGACUGGUUCCCAGGACUUAAAGAGUGUCUACCAGUCUCAGCUGAUUAAGCCCAGCCGCAUGCGUCAGAAACCCUUCCAGUGCCGCAUCUGCAUGCGCAACUUCAGCCGCAGUGACCACCUGACAACACACAUCCGCACCCACACUGGUGAGAAGCCCUUCGCCUGCGAGAUCUGCGGACGCAAGUUUGCCCGCAGUGACGAGAGGAAGAGGCACACAAAGAUCCACCUACGGCAGAAGGACAAGAAAGCAGAGAAGGCAGGAGCAGUGGUGUUGACAGCAGCGCCGGUAUCAGCUGCUUCGCCUGCCUCUAGCUACCCUUCUCCCAUCACCUCCUACCCCUCUCCAGUAUCCUCCUACCCCUCUCCCGUCACCUCCUGCUACUCCUCUCCAGUCCACACUUCCUAUCCAUCUCCUUCCAUCGCCACCACCUACCCAUCAGUGUCCAUGUCCAGCAGCUUUCAGUCCCAGAUCGCCUCCUCCUUCCCCUCUUCAAUCGCCUCACACCUAUACAGCUCCCCCAUCCCCACCCCGCUAUUAGACAUGCAGACCACUCUCUCCCCAAGGACAAUUGAGAUCUGCUAAGAAAGAGAAAAACUUUUUAUAGUCUCUCCGCUCCUUUCCUUCCUUUUGAUUCUUUGAGAGGAAAGCAAUCGGCAUCAAAAGACUUUGUUUUCUCCUCCAAAAAGCACUUUUAUUUGUCUGCUCGCUGUAAAGGUGAAUCUUGAGAUUUACCUGAAAGAGAGAAAAAGACACACGUCAAGGACUGGGCAAAGACAAUAGAAGAUGAAAAGGGAUUCCUUUCUUUCUCUGUAAAACAAAUCUAGCUCUUCAAAUGCGUCAGGGACUCGACAGAUCGAGCGUAGAAACCAGCACUGACGGCUCUCUACUAUUAGGUACACAGAAACCAAGAGACAAACAGAUUGCCAGCGGUUGUGGUUCUAAGGCACGUUUGCCCUUGAAGGCACUCCAUACAGUAGGCUACAAAAGACAUUGAAUGAUAUACAUAAGCUACCAUAUAUGUAUAUUGUACAUGUGCCAUGUUUUGUUUUUAUCAUUCUUUGGUACCAUUGAUGUGAAAAAAUAUUUGCAUAUUUGCAUUGUAUUAUUUGAAGUGAGCAGGGCCAUAUUUUCUACAUACUUUCUCUAUUAUGUAGUGAUGAUGCUGUGAUACGUUUUGACAUAGUUUGAAAAAAAGCACUUAAGUAUUCAAGCAUGAGUAAGAGUGAUGUUAGUUUCUGUUUGUAAAUAUCAUCCACUGGUACGAUGUCUAUCUCUCUUUCUCACAUGUGACAUAUCGCUCGGUUAUAUGGAAAAAUAGAGAAAAGAAAAAAAAACAUUGAUAAAAAAAAAAAAAAAAAAAAAAUAAACAAGUAAAACGCUCCCGUUAUUUGGUGCCUUUUUGUGAAGCCUUGCUGAUGUUGUGACUCGGCUGUGUGCGAGAGAGGAUGCACUGCAUCUCGCCUUAAGGGUUGAGGGAAUAUUUUUGUUACAGAAUGUAAGUCAUAUUCAGAGGGAGGAAAAGGGACAAGCUAUGAGGGCACCGCUUCAUUUCAUUAGAAUGUAAGCAAAAAAGGAGAACAACUAUAAAGUAUAUUUUUAUAAGACUUAAGUGUAAAUAUCCACAUCUUCAAGAGCUGGAAUGUUGAAGUUACCUACUGAGUAGGCAUUUUUGUAUGUUAUAUACAUGCAGUUCAUUAUUUUGUGGUUAUCUUAAUUUUGUAAUUGUGUUUGUUAAAACAAGUGACUCGCAAGUGUUUCUCGCUUCUAAACACAUUGAAUGCGCUUAACUGCCAACGGGAUAUUUGGUGUACAAGAUAUCCUCCCAGAAAUUAAAUAUAAAUAAAAAUAUGAAUAUA